UCAAUCCCCCCGCCCAUUCAUCGUUUCAUUCAUUUACCGAUGCCAGGCUAGUCGUGUGCGCCAGGAUUACUGCACCAUUUGAAUGUGACUGUUCGGACCAGAUCUCCAGCGGACGCAACACUUUGGAUUUCCGUUGGGAGGCUGGAAGGGAAUAACGACCGUUCCAAGACGCGUGCUUUCUCAUAGAACAUGGAUUCCUUGCCAAGGUAUAGAUCAAUCGUUAACUUUUAGGAGGUAGCGUCAUCGCCAUGGAAACCCUCCUAGGUUCCAAGCGGAGGACCGUAGAGGCUCAGAUGGAACCGGCCCACCACAUAGGAGGAGGCGUGUCCACGCUUGGCGCCAUCAGCAAAACAGAACCCCACAGCAACCAGGGGGCGGAGCCUAACAGAAACAUCCAACUACCGCCGAGAGACACCUCGCGACACCACUCCACAGAUACCACUCCACAGAAGCCGAAUGGAGGAGGUGGGGGAGGCUCCUCCCCUUCCGGUCCAAGGGCUGAUGGGAAAGGAAAUGAGGGAUUGUUCCAGGGUGAAGGAGGUAGGACAGCCCUGAGUGGAGGAGGGAGACCAGAAAGCAAAAGCAACGCUAACGAGCUAAAACCACUGGCAGCGCUGGAGGCAGAGACGGCGAAGAGGAGCAAGAUCUCGAUGGCUCGCUCCCCAAAAACAGACACCGUCACCAGGCUCAAGUCGCCUAACAUCAAACUCACUACGGCCACCAGCCCCAGGACACACACACACCGAACAGAACACUCCUGGGAUUCCAGCUCUAAAAUAGAACACUCCAGAACCGAACACUUGUCUGAGGUGACUAAACCCACGGCCUCCAGGGCCCUGCAGUGUUCUAAGGACUCUCUGAAGGGUUCCAGUUCUACUUGGAAAGGCAGUGCUGCGCCCCUCGCCCCUCUGGCCACCUCCAGCCCCAAAUGUCGCACCACCGUUGCUGUGACACUUACAUCGACCACCUCUGACAGCACGGGAGGGGCUUCGGACUCUGACCUGUCCAUUGGGUCACUGGGGGUCAGCAUCACCACACCCCAGAACACACCGUCUCUGACCCCUGACCCUUUAGCCGUGACAAUGAGAGAAACGACUGAGACAAUUCUGGAAGACGCUGCUCGGCAACUGGAAUCCAAAAUGGCGACCGUCACCUCAUCUACAGUAACGAUUACCCCACAGAGCAGCGCCCAUCUGUUAAGUGGGGGCGUAACUGGAGGACCUGCGCCAUCCCAGAAGGCCGUGGUGCAGAGUGACACAGCGGUGAAGACUAACAGAGCCUCAGAAAGGGACAGCAAUCCUCCAGAGUAUCGCCGGGCUGUUGGGCGUAGCCAUGACGACCGCACGGGACGGUUGUCGCGGGAGACCAAGUCGUCUGCAUCCCCGCUGGGAAAGACAAAUCACCUGGGAGACAGAAAUGUCACGGCCGUCGCCGGGGGCAACAACGAAGGAGCGUCGACAAGGGCAACACAGAAGAGUGGUAAGGAGAGGAGGAGGAGAGAAGAGGAGACGGAGGAGCAGCAGCCUCCUGGGACAGGGAGAUCCGGGGAGCGUAAGGAGGCCGGCACCAUGACUAACCCCAGUGAGGUGAGGCUCUCCUGGGGAGAGGAGCGGAGGGAGGUUGGGGUCCAGGCAGUGGUGGAGGUGUGUGACCACUCCUCCACCACCAGCCCCCGCCUGCUUGCCCUGUCCCCACGCCGUUACCACGUCAACCCAGGGGACCCGGAAGGGGUUGCUGCUGACCCUGGCAGACUGAGAGACAUGGGGUCGAGGAGUGGGAGUGUCCUCGUCUGUGACCUCACUAUGGACCAGCAGGUCACAGGCCAGGGGAGAAACGGGGAGGCGGGGCCUCUGGUUGGUUUGCAGAGCUGUCAGUCAAGGUCUGUUGCAUCGCAGGACCAGCCGACGGGAACUAAACCAGUUGCCACGCCCCUGUGCUGCGUUCCAAUUGGUUUGCCCCCGUUCCAACACAUCUGUCAGAUAGACAUCGAGCUCUGCAGCCAAUCAGAGGCCCCGACCAGCAAUGAGAAGCUCCCUACCAGUGUGACCAACGAAAACAAGCAGAAAGCCGAGGAGGCAGAGGGCAGAGCAGUAGCCAAGUCUCAAAGCAAACAGCCGGACAGACAGACAGACACAUCAGGCAGCAAGACCAGCCACAAGCACAAAACCCCUCCCUCAACUCAGUACUCCUCCAAUUCGACACACAGACACAAACCAAAACCUGCCUCAGACAUUAAACCAGGAUUGGGCCCCACCCCAGGGAAGAGUAGUGCCAAACAGCCCGAAGAGAAUCCGGACCUGGCCGGGAAGCCGGAGGAGGAGAGAAAGGCCUCUGAGCCGGUACAGAACGUGGUCUGGGAUGAGCAGGGAAUGACGUGGGAGGUGUACGGAGCAUCCGUGGAUCUGGAGAGUCUGGGCUUCGCAAUACAGUCACACCUGCAGUGUAAGAUCCGGGAACACGAAAAACGCAUCGGAACGUUACGGAAGUCCGUCUCCGAAGACGUCCCCUCGCCAGGAGCUAAGAAGCGGAUGGAGAAGAACAAGAAGAAGAGGAAGAGGAAUGUUUUCCGGUCAGUAUUCCGACCCGGAUGCUGCAGGAAACCUCCUGUGUCGCCUGCCAGGAAGUGACCGAACCUUCUAUCUGGAAAGUUUAUGGAACAGCAUUAUUAUUUCAAUCCACCCAUCACCCAUUCAUUAUUAUUUAAAUCCACCCAUCACCCAUUCAUUAUUAUUUCAAUCCACCCAUCACCCAUUCAUUAUUAUUUAAAUCCACCCAUCACCAUUCAUUGUUAUUUAAAUCCACCCAUCACCCAUUCAUUGUUAUUUAAAUCCACCCAUCACCCAUUCAUUGUUAUUUAAAUCCACCCAUCACCCAUUCAUUGUUAUUUAAAUCCACCCAUCACCAUUCAUUGUUAUUUAAAUCCACCCAUCACCCAUUCAUUGUUAUUUAAAUCCGCCCAUCACCCAUUCACUGUUGUUUAAAUCCACCCAUCACCCAUUCACUGUUGUUUAAAUCCGCCCAUCACCCAUUUAUUAUUAUUUAAAUCCACCCAUCACCAUUCAUUGUUAUUUAAAUCCACCCAUCACCAUUCAUUGUUAUUUAAAUCCACCCAUCACCCAUUCAUUGUUAUUUAAAUCCACCAUCACCCAUUCAUUGUUAUUUAAAUCCGCCCAUCACCCAUUUAUUAUUAUUUAAAUCCACCCAUUACCAUUCAUUGUUAUUUAAAUCCACCCAUCACCCAUUCACUGUUGUUUAAAUCCACCCAUCACCCAUUCACUGUUGUUUAAAUCCACCCAUCACAUAUUAUCUAGAUUCCUCCAUCAUCCAUUCAAUUUUAUCUAAAUUCAACUAUCAUCCAUUCAUUGUUAUCUAAAUUCAACUAUCAUCCAUUCAUUGUUAUCUAGAUUCAUCCAUCAUCCAUUCAUUGUUAUCUAGAUUCAUCCAUCAUCCAUUCAUUGUUAUCUAGAUUCAUCCAUCAUCCAUUCAUUGUUAUCUAGAUUCCAGAACAAUCCUUAACAUCACCCGCUGGGAAAAACAAAAAUUGGCAAUGUUUCAUGGUAAGGAAAACAUUCCAGUUGAGUUUUGCUACAAAUGGAUGACACGAAACGAUGGACGACACGAAACGAUGGACGACACUAAACGAUGGACGACACUUAACGAUGGACGACACUGAACGAUGGACGACACUAAAGGAUGGACGACACUAAACGAUGGACGACACUAAAGGAUGGACGACACUAAACGAUGGACUAUACUAAACGAUGGACGACACUAAACGAUGGACGACACUAAAUGAUGGACGACACUAAAGGAUGGACGACACUAAACGAUGGACGACACUAAACGAUGGACAACACUAAAUGAUGGACGUCACUAAACGAUGGAAGAUAUAUUAAUAUAAUUCUGAUCAUUUUCAUCAUCAUCUCCAUUUCUGCUGCUAGCCAACACAGGAGCCACAGGAACAUGAAGGGACUACAAGUGCGCCCUAUUCCCUAUGUAGUCCCCUACUUUUGACCAAAACUCCUAUCUGUAAUAGGGUGCCAUUUAAGCCGCUCAAGACAGCGUAGAUAACAAGUAUAGAACAAGAGUUUGGAGGUGUAACAGAGGAGGCGAUGCGAUACUCAAGUAUGCAUGAGUGUUUUACACGAGCAUCCCAUUAAGCUGUUUUCACUGUGGAUGCUGACAUUUUUGUACGGUAGUUCUAGAUGAACACUAACCGCUGUUCUCACGAUUUGACAUUUUGUUUUUGUACAGAAGUCCUAGAUGAACACUACCUGCUGUUCUCACGAUCUGUCAUGGCACACUGGAGCACACUGGAGCACACUGUGUCAGCACUGUAAAUGAAUGUACCACGAACACUGUAGCCAGAAGUAACUUUGUUUAUAUGACCACAUUCCGGUAUUUAAAACUGUAUUCAUCAUAUAUAACUUGAUGGAGUUAAAAUAACUGACCAGG